UCUGACCUUUAGCACCAUUGGACCCUGAAUUAUCUAUCCAUCUCUCUAUCUUUCUUAAUCCUCUCAAUUCUCAUUUCUCAAACCUCAGACCAACCGACAUAUAUACAUAUUAUAUAUAUUAUUCAUAUAUAAUACACACAUACAACACAUACACAUACAAAUUACUAUAUUUAAUAAUUUAAAUUUUAGUAUUUUUUUUUUUUUUUUUUAUGUGUGCUUUUUUUAGGGUUUGAGAAUGUCCUCGGUUGAGUUUCUACGCCCAAUGUCUCAUUCUCACCAAAGUUUCCAUUCCUAUUCGUAUCACAAACUCUACCAUUUCCAUUACCACCAAUUGAGCUUCCUUCGCGCUCAAUCUUCUAGGGUUUCCCACCAAAACUCAAACCCAGUUUCAACGAAGCUCUACGGGCCACAGUUCAGCACCAUUGCGACGAAGAAUUGGGAAAGAUUGAAUCUCUGGGGAGGUUUUGCGACGAAGAAUCGGAUUCGAGUCCAAGCGAGUAGUAGCCAGGACAGUGAUUCAGCUGGCGGGAAGAGCGAGAGCGAGAGUGGCAAUAAGAGUUCGCCGAAUUCUGGCCCGAAUCGGCGGAAGGAGAAGCAAGGCAAAGGGAAUUGGUGGUGGUGGUCGUCUUCGUCUUCGUCUUCUUCGUCGUCUUCGAAAGGCAAUAAGUGGCAGUGGCAACCCAUAGUUCAAGCUCAGGAAAUUGGGGUUUUGCUCUUGCAAUUAGGGAUUGUGAUUUUCGUUAUGCGGUUGCUCCGACCCGGAAUUCCGUUACCGGGUUCGGAGCCCCGGACGCCCACCACUUUUGUCAGUGUGCCGUACAGUGAUUUUUUGAGUAAGAUUAAUGGCAAUCAGGUUCACAAAGUUGAGGUUGAUGGGGUUCACAUUAUGUUCAAGUUGAAGUCUGACCCUGCAACUUCAAUUCCAGCUCAGGACAUUGAAACUAGUAGUAGUAUUAAGUUGCAGGAAUCUGAGUCUUUGCUCAGGACUGUGGCGCCCACCAGGAGGGUUGUUUACACCACCACUCGCCCCACCGAUAUUAAGACCCCCUAUGAGAAAAUGCUUGAGAAUUCCGUGGAGUUUGGCUCCCCCGAUAAGCGGUCCGGUGGAUUCUUCAACUCUGCAAUGAUAGCUUUGUUUUAUGUUGCUGUGCUUGCAGGGCUUCUUCACCGGUUUCCUGUGAGCUUUUCUCAGCAUACAGCUGGUCAGAUUAGGAACCGCAAAUCUGGGGGUUCUAGUGGUGCAAAAGCAUCUGAACAAGGUGAAACAAUCACCUUUGCUGAUGUUGCUGGUGUUGAUGAGGCCAAGGAGGAGCUAGAAGAAAUUGUGGAAUUUCUUCGGAAUCCAGAUAGGUAUGUACGACUUGGUGCUCGUCCUCCUAGGGGUGUUCUCCUGGUGGGUCUUCCUGGGACAGGUAAGACUCUUCUAGCAAAGGCUGUGGCUGGGGAAGCUGAAGUGCCCUUUAUAAGUUGUUCCGCUAGUGAGUUUGUUGAGUUGUAUGUUGGCAUGGGUGCCUCCCGUGUGAGAGAUCUAUUUGCAAGGGCAAAGAAGGAAGCACCAUCAAUAAUAUUUAUUGACGAGAUUGAUGCUGUUGCAAAAAGUCGUGAUGGUAAAUAUCGUAUUGUUAGCAAUGAUGAGCGAGAGCAGACCUUGAAUCAGUUGCUCACUGAGAUGGAUGGGUUUGACAGCAACUCUGCUGUGAUCGUUCUUGGAGCAACUAAUCGCUCAGAUGUCCUAGACCCAGCACUUCGCCGACCAGGGAGAUUUGAUCGUGUGGUUACGGUGGAAGCACCCGAUAGAUCUGGAAGAGAAGCCAUAUUAAAAGUACAUGUUUCCAAGAAAGAACUUCCUCUAGCAGAGGACGUUGACUUUGUUGACAUUGCUUCUAUGACUACUGGUUUUACUGGGGCUGAUCUUGCGAACUUAGUAAAUGAAGCCGCUUUGUUGGCUGGAAGACAGAGAAAAGUUGUUGUGGAGAAAAUUGAUUUUAUUCAAGCAGUGGAAAGAUCAAUAGCCGGCAUAGAGAAGAAGACUGCUAAGUUGCAAGGAUGUGAGAAAGGUGUGGUUGCACGGCAUGAAGCUGGCCAUGCAGUUGUAGGUACUGCCGUUGCAAAUCUUCUUCCUGGACAGCCACGUGUUGAGAAGUUAAGCAUAUUGCCAAGGUCAGGAGGAGCAUUGGGAUUUACUUACACCCCUCCAACAAAUGAAGAUAGAUAUUUGCUGUUCAUUGAUGAGUUACGAGGCCGCUUGGUUACUCUUCUUGGAGGACGCGCAGCCGAAGAAGUGGUUUAUUCAGGUCGUGUGUCAACUGGUGCACUUGAUGAUAUACGGCGAGCAACUGACAUGGCAUACAAGGCAGUAGCUGAAUAUGGUCUUAAUCAGACCAUAGGCCCAGUUUCUAUAGCCACACUUUCCAAUGGAGGAAUGGAUGAGUCUGGGGGAGGUGUUCCUUGGGGAAGGGAUCAGGGGCACCUUGUCGAUCUUGUUCAAGGAGAGGUGAAAGCAUUGUUGCAAUCUGCUUUGGAUGUUGCGCUUUCUGUUGUGCGUGCUAAUCCUACUGUUUUAGAGGGGCUUGGUGCCCAUUUGGAAGGGAAAGAGAAAGUAGAAGGUGAGGAACUACAAGAGUGGUUGAAAUUGGUCGUUGCACCAACAGAACUUAAAGUUUUUAUUAGAGGCAAGCAAGAGUCUUAUCUCCCGCUGCAGACAGGUUCUUGAUAACAACUGUUACAUAUCCUUCUUACUGCUGAGUGGAAAAUGGAGUCGGUGAUUCAUCUUCAAGCCAUUGUUGUUGUCGCCGUGUAAGUGAACUCAUCCUCCAGAUUGGCCACAGCUCACCCUUACAUCUUUGUAUAUUUCUGUAAGGUAAAUUUUGGCUUCACGUAUCAACAUCUACCAGCAUGUUCCUCGUUUUAUCUCACAAUAUACUAGCUUAAGACCAGAUGAAGUGAAAGGGCUGAAGAUUUAUCUUGGUCAGAGCAUUCUCAGGUCAAGUGUUUCACCUUCAUAACUCAAUACGUGUGGACCUUUGGAAUCUGUUGUACAUUGGCUAUUAUUUAAGUCAUACUGAAUUUGGAAUUGACAAGGAAAGAAUGUCACUGUCUGCAAUUGUAAUUGCUAUUCAGUUUUGUAUAUUAUUGUUUCUGUGAAAUACAAACUCUUACACAAAUGUUGGUUCAGAAAGUCCGGAUGAACAUUGUGCAUUAUAGGAAUUGCAAAGUACUUUUAUGCCUAGGGGCAUUCUUUCUGAA